AUGGGGCCCUCACACACCCAGAGCCAGUUCAAAGGUUACGUUUCUGACCCGGGGCGGCAGAAACACAAAGCCAGAGUAACCUACAAAUACAAGGCCAGAGUAACCUACAAACACAAAGCCAGAGUAACCCACAAACACAAGGCCAGAGUAACCCACAAACACAAGGCCAGAGUAACCCACAAACACAAGGCCAGAGUAACCCACAAACACAAGGCCAGAGUAACCCACAAACACAAGGCCAGAGUAACCCACAAACACAAGGUCAGAGUAACCUACAAACACAAGGUCAGAGUAACCUACAAACACAAAGCCAGAGUAACCCACAAAUACAAGGCCAGAGUAACCCACAAACACAAGGCCAGAGUAACCUACAAACACAAGGCCAGAGUAACCCACAAACACAAGGCCAGAGUAACCUACAAACACAAGGCCAGAGUAACCUACAAAUACAAGGCCAGAGUAACCUACAAACACAAGGCCAGAGUAACCUACAAACACAAGGCCAGAGUAACCUACAAACACAAGGCCAGAGUAACCUACAAACACAAGGCCAGAGUAACCCACAAACACAAGGCCAGAGUAACCUACAAAUACAAGGCCAGAGUAACCCACAAACACAAGGCCAGAGUAACCCACAAACACAAGGCCAGAGUAACCCACAAACACAAGGCCAGAGUAACCCACAAACACAAGGCCAGAGUAACCCACAAACACAAGGCCAGAGUAACCCACAAACACAAGGCCAGAGUAACCCACAAACACAAGGCCAGAGCAACCUACAAACACAAGGCCAGAGUAACCCACAAACACAAGGCCAGAGUAACCUACAAACACAAGGCCAGAGCAACCUACAAACACAAGGCCAGAGAAACCUACAAACACAAGGCCAGAGCAACCUACAAAUACAAGGCCAGAGUAACCUACAAAUACAAGGCCAGAGUAACCUACAAACACAAGGCCAGAGUAACCCACAAACACAAGGCCAGAGUAACCUACAAACACAAGGCCAGAGUAACCCACAAACACAAGGCCAGAGUAACCCACAAACACAAGGCCAGAGCAAACUACAAACACAAGGCCAGAGCCAGAGUAACCCACAAACACAAGGCCAGAGUAACCCACAAACACAAGGCCAGAGUAACCCACAAACACAAGGCCAGAGUAACCCACAAACACAAGGCCAGAGUAACCUACAAAUACAAGGCCAGAGUAACCUACAAAUACAAGGACAGAGUAACCUACAAACACAAGGCCAGAGUAACCCACAAACACAAGGCCAGAGUAACCUACAAACACAAGGCCAGAGUAACCCACAAACACAAGGCCAGAGUAACCCACAAACACAAGGCCAGAGUAACCCACAAACACAAGACCAGAGUAACCCACAAACACAAGACCAGAGUAACCCACAAACACAAGGCCAGAGUAACCCACAAACACAAGGCCAGAGUAACCCACAAACACAAGGCCAGAGUAACCCACAAACACAAGGCCAGAGUAACCUACAAACACAAGGCCAGAGUAACUUACAAACACAAGGCCAGAGUAACUUACAAACACAAGGCCAGAGUAACCCACAAACACAAGGCCAGAGUAACCCACAAACACAAGGCCAGAGUAACCCACAAACACAAGGCCAGAAUAACCUACAAACACAAGGCCAGAGUAACCUACAAAUAG